AGUUCGAUGUGAGCCUGUAAGGACGUAUUGCGAUGGCGACAGACUGCGAAGGAAUUCGGAUCUUGUCAAUUAAGCGCCGUUCCAGAUGCUUUCUGGCCUCCAUUCCGCGAAGGGGUGGAAGCACGGGGAAGACAGAGGGCCCACCUCGUAGGUACUCUCCGGUAGGUCGGAUAGAGUGCGAAAGCGUCGGUCAAUUGAAACUUGGACGUGGAGUCGCAUACGUCGGCCACCAUGUUCCUUUCGGUAAUCAAUCGUUGCACAUUGCUAGGUCCCGAUUCCAGCCCAUCCUGGUGCUUUUCAGAAGUUCUGCGGGUACCGAAUGCUUUGAGGAGGGUAGUGUUAUUAUCAGCGAUACGAUAUCAAGAGAACUUGUUGUUGAAAGAGGGUGUAUACCUCAGUCAAGGGUGAGACGCUUUUGUGCCCGAGGACUUGUAAGCAGUGGUGCCGUGGGCCGCAAACCUACGACUUUUUUUGGUGCAGAAAACAAUUCCAAGCGACGGUUAGCGCUCGCUCGGUCUGAGUGUAUGGACCUUGCGGCAGCAAGGCGGGGCCAUACCUGCCUCGAAGGUCGUGAAAAUUUCGUCGUCGUGACCAGGAAACCAUCAAAGUUCUCGAGGAACAAGCGAAACGUCGGGCAAAAGCGCUCAUCGUUCAAGGUUUGGAGAAGGAGGCAAAUAUCCUUGAGCGAAGGCUAGAACACCGCAAUAGGGUCGGAGUUGUGCAACAUUCAAUGUCAAAGGGCGCCAGGACUGCAGACCCUUAUUCAAAGUGUCUCCGACCACAAAUAAGGGAGAUUAGGGUAAACCGCGAGGCUCGGGAUGGAGAUACGAUACGGAAGGCGCAGCGGCGCAGGGUGAAGCAGCAAGAGUUUGAUAAAGCUAGCAGAGUUCUUUCCGUACUUAUAGAAACAUGGGGGGAAAGUUGAAAUUCACCCUAGCAUAAUCUGUCAACGCGUCAGUCAAUGAGUUGGAAAUGUCCGCCCAAGAUCAGCACAUCUGACGCGUCUUAGGGUAACAACGCUCGUUCGUUGCCAGCAUAUUUGACUGAGCGCGACAUGAGACAGAUUUCUUAACGUUAAAAAGAAAAAAUGGCGCGG